CUCCAGUUAUUGUUGUUGUUUAUUACACUAAUUCUAAUAUUGCAAUAUCAUGUAGAUAAUGCCUGACCCAGAAAGAAUACUCAAUGAAGAUUAUGAAUAUAAAAUUUUCACUAUAAAUGAACUCAAAGCAAUUUCUCCUGUAAUAGAUUGGUGGGAUCUGCUUCAAACAUAUUAUCCACAUGCUGACAUUUCCAUGGGUACUGAAGUAGGAGUAUUCUUCAAAGAUUACUUUCAUUCACUUUCACAAUUACUCUCGACUACAGAUAAUAUUGCAUUAAAUAAUUACAUGAUGUGGAGAUUUGUUUCUAGUUACAUUCCACACUUAUCAAAAAAAGAAAGGAAAAUAGCAAAUAAAUUUUAUCAGACACUUAAUGGUAAGUAAAUUUUAAUUGAUAAG